AACGGCGCCCCAACCCGGCACACCCAUUCACCACAAAAACAGUCACGAACGAUGAAGACUAUGGCCUAAGAACGAUUGGGUCAUCAGUGUGAAACCACAAUCAGUAAAUUAAGCAUCCAUCCGGAUUCCGAGCUCCCAAUUAUUCAAAUUCUAUCGAAUCUUUCCCCAUCGCUUUUUAUACCCAUUCCAAUUCCCCUAAAAAUUCACCCAUCUCUCUCUCUCUCUCUCUCUCUCUCUCUCUCUCUCUCUCGAUCUUGAAAGUUUGGCAUAAAGAAGACACAUCCAUCAUGGGUUCAUCUUUACCUGAUUCCAAAACUUGCGCAAACAGCAUUCAGCAUCAGGUUGAUGGUUUUAAGGAUCAAAAUGUGCUGCAAAAGCACGUUAAUUUCUUCGAUCGGGACAAAGAUGGAGUUGUUUAUCCUUGGGAAACAUUUCAAGGUUUUCGGGAAAUUGGGUGUGGUGUUUUAUUGUCCUCCUUGGCUUCCGUUUUCAUCAACGUCGGUCUUAGUGCCAAAACUCGUCCAGGUAAAUUUCCUUCUCUACUAUUUCCAAUUGAGGUAAAGAACAUCCAGAAAGCUAAGCAUGGGAGUGACUCUGGUGUCUAUGACACAGAAGGAAGGUUUGUUCCUGCAAAGUUUGAGGAGAUUUUUGGCAAGCACGCGCGUACAAAUGCAAACGCCUUGACGUCAGACGAAUUGAUGACAAUGCUAAAGUCAAACAGGGUCCCGAAGGACUAUGCCGGAUGGAUUGCAAGCUACUCAGAGUGGAAGAUCUUAUACAUGCUUUGCAAGGACAAGAACGGUUUAUUGCAUAAAGACACAAUUCAAGCUGUUUAUGAUGGAACCCUGUUUGAGCAUAUGGCAAUGGAGAAAGCUUUGGCCGGGAAAAAAGCGUGAAUUAGCCAAAUUGAAGCAGUGAUAAUUGAGACUUUGAUUCAACUGUUAUGAAAUGGACAAGUGAUGGUUAAAUUAGCUUGGAUGGGCUUCAUUGCCGUGUACAAAUGUAUGUGCUUCCAAUUGUAGCGGUAAUUGAACAAUUAGUCGAUUGUCAGUAUGUUUUUUUACAACUCAA